AUGAUGGAGCCUCCGCGGAGCCUGAACAGUCCAGAUUUGGAGAUUAAUAGUCUGCAAUUGGACAACCACCGAGAGUCAGAGUCUGCAGACAGCGACAUCGGAGAUGUGGACAAGCUUCCAGUUCCUCAGCACAUACACAUCAGUAACAUCACAUGCGAUUCCUUCAAGAUCAGCUGGAACAUGGACAGCAGAGGCCAAGAUCGGAUCACACAUUACUUCAUUGACUUGAACAAGAAGGAAGACAAGAGCUCCAACAAGUUCAAACACAUGGAUGUACCAACCAAGCUGGUUGCCAAGGUGGUUCCUCUGCCAAUGACAGUGAGAGGUCAUUGGUUCCUCAGUCCCCGAACAGAAUACACUGUGGCCGUUCAGACAGCUACCAAACAGCAAGAUGGGGAAUACGCUGUUUCUGCAUGGAGCGAGAUCAUUGAGUUCUGCACAGCAGAUUACUCCACCAUCCAGCUUAGGCAGCUUCUGCAGAAAGCUGAAGCUAUUGCUGGCAGGAUGUUACCUUUCACAGUUUUCUACAGAAACCAGCAGAGAGAAUACUUUCAGCCAAACAGCCAAUAUUACAGUUCCAGAGAUGUUCAGUGCUGCCGCAUGCUCCCAUCAGUGAAAGACAACAGCGGCAGCCAUGGGUCACCCAUAAGUGGUAAACUGGAGGGCAUCUUCUUUAGCUGCAACACCGAGUUUAACACCGGACGACCUCCACAAGAUUCUCCAUACGGGCCAUACCGCUUCCAGGUACUUCUGACAAGCUGA